AAUCAUUAUACCCUUUUAACCCAAUUACAAUGGGCUUAGGGUAUAACAGUAAGAAGCGUAGCGGAUUACGAGAACCUUUGCAGACGGUAGUAACAUUUUAAAUAAUACUGAAGAUCUGUUAAAAGAGAUAGUUAUAUUAAUUUUCCUGUGCAGCUAAAAGCAAUACACAAGCAUUAUUUCACAACAACUUUAAAUCCCUGACAUCCUUAGUAUUUCAUUUUAAAUCCGAUUGGGAACUGAUGUCCCAAUCAGUUUUUUCACCAAGUGCUGCGGUUGCGCUGGUAUAAAAGUUAUAGAGCGUAUUAAAGUCACCUCAGUUGUGCUUAACCAGUAGUCGCAGCAGCCAAAGCUGCCGUCGUUCCAGACAAAAUACAAAAUAGUUUAACAUACGGCUUACGUGUAUAAAAGAAGUAAUAAUAAUGUAUCCAAAUAUUUUCAAUAAAUUGUUUUUAUUGCUGCCACUUGCGUAUAGCCCUCCAACAAAUGAUGAUAGUAGCUUACCCAACGCAGAUUGGAACUUUGUCGAAAACGGUGCAGAUUGGGAAGGCACAUGCGCGACGGGUCUUAGACAGGCACCUAUUAAGCUAUCUGUGGAUAGUUCACUCAUCGCGCCACUGCCACGAAUUUUGUUUGAAAAUUAUGACAAAAGGCUCAAUAGUCCGCUGACACUGGUUAACAAAGGGUACACAGUUGAAAUGGCCAUACCGGCAACAAGCAAUGGAAGGAAGCCUUUCAUUACUGGAGGGCUACUCAAGGGGAAAUAUGUAGCCAAUGGCGUCCAUUUCCACUGGGGAUCGCCUGAAUCACGUGGAGCUGAGCAUCUGAUAGAGAGGACACGCCAUGAUGUGGAAAUGCAUAUUGUGCAUCGGAAUGUGCGCUACAAGGACAUCGCUGAAGCUGCAAAUCACCCCGAUGGCAUAGCGGUACUGGGAAUUAUGUUUAAGAUAGUCAAAAGCCCACAUCGCGUGUAUCCUGGCCUAAGAAAAAUAUUUACUGCACUCCCAAACAUAGUCGAAUAUCAUAGCAAGACUGAGCUGCACGAGCCUCUUACCCUCGGCCAGUUGUUGGGUGAUUUGAAUACGCGUCACUUUUACACCUACAAGGGCUCGUUGACCACGCCUGAUUGCAACGAGGCUGUUAUUUGGACGGUGUUUGCUCGGCCUUUGCCCUUACCGUUGUCAGAUAUACAACAAUUAUGGCAGCUUCAGGACUCAAAUGGAAAUCCUAUACGAAAUAACUAUCGUAAACUGCAACCGCGCAACAAUCGGCAUGUUUUCUACCGCGCCAAUAAAGAUGUGAGUGACUUCUACCUUGGCUAGUAAAGUCGGUCCAUGGAUUGUUAUUAUAUAAGUUGGUUUUUCUAUUUAUAUGCAACCCCAAACUGGCCGGCAUUUUUGAUUUACAACAAAUAUUUUUUCUUUUGUUCUAAAGCCUGAUUAUAUUUCUUAUAAUCCGUUCAGCAAAAUAUAAUUAGGGCAUUGUCUUAAGGAGCAAGUUCUUCAAUUCCCUCGAUUAUCAAAAGUUCUUAAAUUUUAAUGCUUGUUUCAAAACAAUUAAUUGUAUUUCUUUUAUUUAUUAUGUAUUGGAUUAACACGUGUUAUACAUUUAUUAUUAACCUAAUAUAAACUGAAGUAUAUAAGAAAUUAAGUAUUUAACAGGAGAAACCAUGCAUCUUGUUAUUUCGGUUUCCGCGAAAAAAAUAUUAUUUUUAUGCUUCGCUUUUUUGUAAAUCAAUAUUCAAGGAUUAUAAAAUCUAUAACCCUCACAAAUUAAAUGAUCCGAUGAGAUCCGAUCUCAUUUAGAUAACACAAAUGACGACAUGUAUAAGAUGUCUGAUGUACCUGCUAAGGGCUUCUUUUGUUAAAUAAAU